GGGUCUGGAGCCGCGCUUCUCCGCGGCCACCGCGGCGUCGCCCGGAGCCGGGUCAGGCGGGGCCCGAGUUUGGCCCGGCGCAUCCGGGCAGCGACCGGCUGUGGGCACCUGUUUCCAGCGCGCGGGGAGCGGGGUGGUGCCGGCCGAGCGUCGCGGGGGGCUGGGGGGGACUUGUUUGUCUUUCCCUCCGGAGACCUCGGCUUGCCGCUGGAGAAAGAACGGCCGAAAGGAUGUAGAUCGGCAAAGCGACGGUCACCGGGAAGGCGACCACCCCCCGGCGGGGAGCGGGAGCGCGAGGCUUCGUCCAGCCUCCUCCGCCCCCGCUCGCAGCAUCCAUCCACAGUCAGGUUGUUGAUUGCAACUUUUCAAGGUCAGCGGCCGGGAGCAGCGGUUCCCUCGAGGACCCUGAGGGCACACCUCGCUCGGAUUGGAUCUGGCUGAGGAAUGCCCAGGACGCCAAAGGAGGAAGGGUUGUAGGGGGCGUGUGUGUGUGUGUGUGUGUGUGUGUGACCCCCAGGGCCCAUCCCCCACCCUCCCUGGGAUCUCCGGUCCCCCGCUGCCCGGGCGGGGGUGAGUAUGCGACAUGCGCCUAACUCUCAGCAGCAACUUCGGCAGCAGGUGUCGGUCCUAAACAGGUGCCCUCGCCACGCCAUGCGGGCCCCGGGCGCACUCCUCGUCCGCGCGUCGCGGCUCCUGCUGCUGCUGCUGCUCAAGGCUUCUGCCUCGCCUGCCCUCGGGUCCGCCCCUGCGCCCAGGAACGCAACUUGUCUCGGGGAUAGCUGUUCUACACUGACCCAGCGCCGCAGCAGGGACGCUUGGGGACUGGGAAGUCCUGCUGGAGACGUUCUGCGAGCCCGUGCGCCCAGGGAGGAGCAGGAGGCGGCGGUGCUCGGGGCGCCCUCCUGGGACCUGCUGGCUGUCCCCGGGGGCGGUGACCCCGGAGCGGGCAGAGGAGCCGAGGCGUCCGCAGCCGGACCCUUGGGAGCUCCAACCGGGCCGUCUGGCCCCUGGAGGUGGAAAGGUGCUCGGGGCCAGGAGCCCUCUGAAACUUUGGGGAGAGGCGACCCCACGACCCUCCAACUCUUCCUUCAGAUCUCGGAGGAAGAGAAGGGUCCCAGAGGAACAGGUAUUUCCGGGCGCAGGCGGGAGCAGAGUGUUAGGACCGUGCCUGGGGUCAGUGAUCUUUUUUAUUGGCCAAGGAGAGCUGGGAAAAUCCCGGGUUCCCACCACAAGCCCCCACCCAAGACGGUCAGUGGACCCGCAGGGCACGAAGGGCGGACAAUCGCACCCCCCGGCAGAGCGCUGGCCCAGAAUGGGUCCUUGGGUGAAGGAGGCCACGAGCGCGGGGGUCCUCGCCCGGGGAACAGCACCAACCGGCGUGUGAGGCUGAAGAACCCCUUCUAUCCGCUGACUCAGGAGUCCUACGGAGCCUACGCGGUCAUGUGUCUGUCUGUGGUGAUCUUCGGGACUGGCAUCAUUGGCAACCUGGCGGUGAUGUGCAUCGUGUGUCACAACUACUACAUGCGGAGCAUCUCCAACUCCCUCUUGGCCAACCUGGCCUUCUGGGACUUUCUCAUCAUCUUCUUCUGCCUUCCUCUUGUCAUCUUCCACGAGCUGACCAAGAAGUGGCUGCUGGAGGACUUCUCCUGUAAGAUCGUGCCCUACAUAGAGGUUGCUUCUCUCGGUGUCACCACCUUCACCUUAUGCGCUCUGUGUAUAGACCGCUUCCGUGCUGCCACCAAUGUACAGAUGUACUAUGAAAUGAUUGAAAACUGUUCUUCAACAACUGCCAAACUUGCUGUCAUAUGGGUUGGAGCUCUACUGUUAGCACUUCCAGAAGUUGUUCUCCGCCAGCUGAGCAAGGAAGAUUUGGGGUUUAGUGGCCGAGCUCCUGCGGAAAGGUGCAUUAUAAAGAUCUCUCCUGAUUUACCGGACACCAUCUAUGUUUUAGCCCUCACCUACGACAGUGCGAGACUCUGGUGGUAUUUUGGCUGUUACUUUUGCUUGCCCACACUCUUCACCAUCACCUGCUCUCUAGUGACUGCAAGAAAAAUCCGCAAAGCAGAGAAAGCCUGUACCCGAGGGAAUAAGCGACAGAUUCAGCUAGAAAGCCAGAUGAACUGUACAGUAGUGGCUUUAACCAUUUUAUAUGGAUUUUGCAUUAUUCCCGAAAAUAUCUGCAACAUUGUUACUGCCUACAUGGCUACAGGGGUUUCACAGCAAACAAUGGACCUUCUUAAUAUCAUCAGUCAGUUCCUUCUGUUCUUCAAAUCCUGUGUCACCCCGGUCCUCCUCUUCUGUCUCUGCAAACCCUUCAGUCGGGCUUUUAUGGAGUGCUGCUGCUGUUGCUGUGAGGAGUGCAUCCAGAAGUCUUCAACAGUGACCAGUGAUGACAAUGACAACGAAUAUACCACAGAACUUGAACUCUCCCCUUUCAGUACCAUACGCCGCGAAAUGUCCACUUUUGCUUCUGUUGGGACGCAUUGCUAAAGGACGGUACUAGGUUAGGUCUAAUUUGCUUAUUUGUUUGAUUUUCAUAUCCUGGAAAGUUUUUACUUCAAGUUUUUCCUUACAGGGAAAUGUGCAAAAACAAACAAAACAAAACAACAACAACAAGCAGUAAAGAGAAAUAUUAACUAUUGUAGAACUGAUUUUACAAAUUAAUAUUUGUGCUUUGAAAAAAUGUUUAUAUUUAGUUAUUUAAGAAGAAUGAGGAGGCUGAUAGUUUUAGAUCAUUUUAUCUGGGAUGGUGCUAAUAUUUUAUUUGAAAAAAGUUACUGCACCUUAACUUAAUUAAUUGCUAAUUUUUUCUUUUUUUUAAAGUAUAAUUACUGUAUAUUGAUUAUAACCAUGUGAUUUUGUAGGUUAUUUUAUGUUUGAGUUGUGACUGAAAGUAUAUUGUAUAUGGUAUUGUGAGAUGAUUUGUACUUUAGACGCAUUCACAAAGUAGCACCAAAUAAAUGACACUUUAUUCUUUAACAUUAUUGUCAAUCUACUUUUAACCAAUAUUCAAUAAAUCUUUUGAUUGCCUUAAAAACACAACUAUUUGUUCUAUGCACAAUUUAAAACGAGCCUUACUGUUUUAUAAUUAUGUUUUCCUUUAAGGCAGUUAAUCACUAUGCUAUAAACAAGUUUUCCUAAUAGUGCUAUUUUAUAUGCAUGAUUCAUAAAACUAUAUUGUAUGUUAAAGCAAAACUGUAUUUUUAAUAUUCAGGUGUAGAUGUAAAAUUACUUCUGAAUAUUUAUGAAAUAUGAAUAAAUAGACAGCAGAGUAGGAA